CUGUCCACAAUGUUUGUCUACUCACCCUAUUCGAUUGUGUAUUGACUAUCAACUAGUUAUACCACCGUGUCACAACCUUACUUUUACUCAGCUUAGCCUCCAGUCAUCUACUAGACUCGACACUGGUUGCCUUAGAGGCAGUUCUACUCUAUUUCUCCGCUUUGCUGUCGAAAGCCGUCCACCGAAAAUUUGUUCCACGCACCAGCUCUGUGACCGAACACAAACCACGCUGAACCGCAUCCAGACAUCCGCCGGUGCUGCUUCGUCGCCAGCACUAGGGACCCGACCUUCCCCGCCGCCAUGUCCAAGCACACCUACCUCUCCUCGGCCUCUGCGUCGGUGACCCGCCGGGGAUCAUUGGCCGGCUCGGCUAGAUCAAUGUCAAUCGUGAAGCUCCAGGAGCCAGAGUUGGUGCUGAAAGGAGCCAUCAAGCCUCUGAAGGCGCUCAUGCCUGCCAGGCACGCCACCGGCUGCUACUCUGCCCGAUUUUCUCCAAAGGGAGACGUUCUCGCAGGAGGAUUUGGCAACGGGGCCGUCCUGCUGUAUGAGAAGGACGACGAGGGCCUGUACACGAGGCAGAGCACGUUGCGCAAAGGCUCGCGCUACGCGGAUGACACGGUCAUGGCUGUACGCUUCCAUCCCAAGGAGACGCAGUACCUCUACUCGUGCGCGGUGGUUGGCACGGUAUUCAAGCAUAAUCUGGCAGGUGGCGCGGACGAGAAGUGCACCAAGUUCUGUGACGAGAACAACAACCGGAUCAACGCCAUUGACUUAAACAUGACCGGUGAAUUUCUGGCCUCCGGAGGAAAGGACCUCAAUAUUCGUAUAUACGACACCAAAACACAGGAGCUUAAGCAGGAGUACACUGGCUUCCACAUGCACAGCGUCGACAAGGACUCAGGAGGGCACGCGCUCAGCGUGUACUGCAUCAAGUUCCACCCGGACCAGCGGGAGGUCCUCCUCACUGGCGGCUGGGACGACACCAUCAAGAUAUGGGACAUGAGGACGGAGCCGGGGCUGGUCGGCUCGCUGGGAGGGCCUCACAUCUGCGGCGAGGCCAUCGACAUCAGGGGAGAGACGGUGGUGAGCGGUUCGUGGCAGGCGGAGCAAGCCAUCCAACUGUGGGACCUACGCGAACGGCGACCCAUCAAGUCUCUCGGCACCUCACACGACACCAAGCUGCAGGGGGAUAACCUGUACUCGGUCCAGUUCGCCCGCACCGAUCCGGACGGCAACCACGUGAUCGCGGCUGGUUCGGGCACCAACAGCUUCCAGUACAUCAACCACCGCACCGAGAAGGUGCUCGGCACUGGCACCACGGAGAAGCCGUUCCACACCGUAGACAGCUACGGCCGGACCCUGGUGGCGGCCGGCGGCGACGGCUGGAUACGCUUGCUGCACGUGCCACGGCACCAGCACACCUAAAGCUGCAGACUUUGACACAAAUGAGGCUGUAUCUGCCACGACACGAGCGUAUCCGAGGCCGCACGUGUCAUGACACCCACACACCUGAUACGUAUGUGCCACAAGACCAACAUGCCUGAUGCCCCGUGCCACGAGACCAACACGCCUGGUGCCCCUUACCCAGAGACCAACACGCCUGGUGCCCUGUGCCACAAGACCAACAUGCCUGAUGCCCCGUACCCAGAGACCAACACGCCUGGCGCCCCGUGCUACAAGACCAGCACGCCUGGUACCCCGUGCUACAAGACCAGCACGCCUGGUGCCCUGUGCCACCGCACCGACACACACCUCGCGUCAGAGAUGGAGGUGGAGCAGCGGCGCCGGGUUCGAAUCACUCACCAUCACAUCACCGUGGCCGCCUCCGCGGUUUCUCCUGGUGCCUGUUGGUCAGAUGUCAGGCCGGCCGUGCGGACAGGGGACGAAUUGGACGCCUGCACCCAAUGCCGGCUUGGUGCCUGCUCACGCGUGAUAUGCUUGGUUGCUAGUUUGCCGAGUUACUUGUGUCGCUAUGUUACUUGUUUGUGGGCGAGGAGGAGCAUCACACAGCGUGGGAAGACCUGGAACCUUAGUUUUUGUCAAACGGCUUGUUGUCCAUCUAAAAGGCCUGCGGGUGCAGUGGACAUUGUGUUUACCACUUCCAUUAUUGCUUUUGUCAGGUAC